AUGUCGGGGCCGGCCGUCUGGCGCUCACUGGAGGACCGUCCUGCAGCCGGGAGGCCGGCGGCCAGCGACACUGCCACCGAGACGCUGCUCUCUGCUGUUGCAGCUGCUGUGAGCACCGCGGGUCGCCUGGAGCCCCCAGGCAGGGCCCGCCGUCGGGAGCGCCCCUUCCGGGAAGCCCACGGCCCCUCCGCAGGCUUCCGGAAGGUCAGCCUGGACGACCUGCGCCGGGCGCACGUGGUGAAGGACGUGCAGCGCUACAUCCUGCAGCGCCUGGACCGCGAGGAGGCCCUGCGGCGGCACCUGACCAAGGAGACGGCCGAGAUGCUCAACCAGCUGCACAUCAAGAGCGGCGGCUGCUUCCUGUUCCUGGAGCGCGUGCUGGACGGCGUGGCCGAGGGCGGCGUGCUGCUGCGCGAGGUGCGCGACAUCCCCGGCACCCUCAACGGCCUCUACCUCUGGCUGUGCCAGCGGCUCUUCGUGCGCAAGCAGUUCGCCCGGGUGCAGCCCAUCCUCAACGUGGUGCUCGCCGCCCGCCGCCCGCUGACCGUCACGGAGCUGUACCACGCCGUGUGGACCAGGAGCAUGGCGCUGACCGUGGACGACUUCCAGCGCAAGCUGGACGUGCUGUCCAAGCUGCUGGUGGACGGGCGGGGCGGCACCAAGACGCUGUUCCACCACAGCUUCGCCGAGUGGCUGCUGGACGUGAAGCACUGCACGCAGAAGUACCUGUGCAGCGCGGCCGAGGGCCACCGCAUGCUGGCCAUGAGCCACAGCUGCCGGGCGCCGCGCCUGUCGGCCCUGGAGGCGCAGGACUUCGCGCUGCACCUGGCGCGCUCCAACCUCACGCCGCUGCUGGCCGCGGCCUCCAUGGGCCACGCGGCCGUGGUCAACGCGCUGCUGUUCUGGGGCGCGGCCGUGGACAGCAUCGACGGCGAGGGCCGCACCGUGCUCAGCAUCGCCGCGGCCCAGGGCAACGUGGAGGUGGUGCGGACCCUGCUGGACCGCGGGCUGGACGAGAACCACCGGGACGACGCCGGCUGGACGCCGCUGCACAUGGCCGCCUUCGAGGGCCACCGGCCCAUCUGCGAGGCCCUGCUGGAGCAGGGCGCGCGCGCCAACGAGAUGGACAACGACGGCCGGAUCCCGUCCAUCCUGGCCGCCCAGGAGGGCCACUACGGCUGCCUGCAGGUGCUGCUGGAGGCCAAGGCCAGCGUGGACCACCGGGGCUACGACGGCAGGAACGCCCUGCGCGUGGCCGCCCUGGAGGGCCACCGGGACGUGGUGGAGCUGCUGCUGAGCCACGGCGCCGACGUGGACUGCAGGGACGCCGACGGCCGGCCCACGCUCUACAUCCUGGCCCUGGAGAACCAGCUGGCCAUGGCCGAGUGCCUGCUGGAGAACGGGGCGGACGUGGAGGCCAGCGACGCCGAGGGCAGGACCGCGCUGCACGUGUCCUGCUGGCAGGGCCACCUGGAGGUGGUGCGGGCGCUAGCCAAGCUGCGUGUCCUCAGCAGGGAGCUGGACGCGAGGCCAGGUGGGCGCCGGGGCCGGGCCCUGCGGGCCGGGGGUGCGGGGCUCUACACGACCGCUGUCCUGCCGGUGCUGAGCCAGACCGGGGCGCCUGGCGUCCGGUGA